UACUCUUCUGUUCCAGGUGGCCAGAACCUUCAGCCUAAUGAAGGCCACGAUGAGACUGAAGCAAGGAUCGUUUCUGUGGUACCUCUAUCUGGACAAGCUGUACUGCCUGUUAUCCGUGAGGAACGUGAAGGCCUUGCUGGAGUAUUUUCAUCUUCUUGACGUCCACCGCAACAACACCUUGAAUGAUGUGCUGUUCUAUCACUUCCUUCACCACGUGACUAGCUGGAACCGGACACAGAUCAUGAUUGUGUUUAACAUGCUGGACUGGAACGCUGUGGGCGAGAUCGGUUUUGACCAGUUCUACAUGUUGGUCUGCAUCUUGCUGGCCCAACAGAACCACUUGGAAGAGCAAUUUAUCUUCCGCCAUUCCCGGCCUGUCUUUGAGCUGCUUGACCUGGACGGAGCACUGAGAAUUGGUGCAGAAAACUUCCACAUGUACAACUUUCUCUUCAAUAUUAAGAAAGAGGGCCUCAGAGAGCUCUACCAUGACUUUGACAUCACAGGUGACCGUCGUCUUAAUUACAAGGAAUUUAAGCUGUUUACUAUCUUCACCAUGGACAAAUACCAGGAGAGGCAGAAAGCAGAGAAAAAGAAAGGGAAAAAGGAUCUGCUCAAAAAGAAAAGGCUUCAUCACGUUAAUGUGACCCUCAAACAGUUUUUUGGAACAAAUGUAUCUGAAAAUAGACUAUAAGUAAUCACAACUAUUAACAUAUCUAAAAAUAAAUUUAGAAACUCUAAGUGGAUAUUUUUACAUUGGCUUUUACACAUGAAAGUUUCAAAUAAGUGCUCUUUGAUCAGCAGGUUCUUAACUUGAACUUAUUGACCUCAUGAUAAAUACAAUGUGAAGUAACCACUUUCUCUGUGGAUGUGU